AUGAAUAACACCCAAUUCCGCCGACUGGUGCUGGACACACCCACAGCUCCCAAGACCAAGGAACAUUCCAUGGGUUCCAGCUUGAAGGGCGGAGGUGCGACUCCAGCCCUCGGUUCUCGCAUGCGAUCUAACAUACCCAUGACACCGCGCUCAGUAAUAGGCUUAUCGGGAAAUGAUUUUGCGCGCCAGCUGGCCGAACGCAAUGCCGAAAUGAACCCUUCCAGCACGAAGAAAUUCCGUUCCUCUGCGGCACCCAAAGGUACCAAGCUGCACUCAGGCUACCAAGAUCGUACACAGCUUCGGACUUCGGGUGAGGAGGAUGACAAGGCUACGCGUGUUAAAGCUCUGGAAGCCAUGGUCAAGCUGGGCCAGAUGGAUCUGGCGACCUUUGAAGCUCUCAGGGACGAGAUUGUGGGCGGUGAUGUGAAGGAUGUGCAUUUGGUCAAGGGACUAGAUUAUAAGCUUUUGGAAAGGGUCAGAAGAGGAGAAGAUGUCAUUGCGGACAUAGGAAAUUCCACGAAGGCAGACGAAGAUCACGACGAAAACCGGCAAACCCCGCCCGAGGCUGAUGUUGAUGACGAAUUUGAGAAACUUGAAGAAAAGGCAAUCCAACCAAUAGCGAGAGAGCAGAGUUUGAAAAAGGGAGAGAUGGCCCGGCACGCUCCUGUUGCAGGCCAAAAGCGAACACGAGAUGACAUACUGAAAGAGCUCAAGGAGUCCAGACUUGCAGCAGCUGAGAGCGCGAAGCAAGCACAGAAGCCGGCUUUGGGACCUAGAUUUCUCAAGGUUGGUGAGAAGAAAGAGAGGUCCAGGAUUGAGAAAGAUGAACGGGGCCGAGAAAUCUUGAUCACCAUUGGUGAGGAUGGUCGAGUGAAGAGGAAGGUGAAAAAAGCGAAGGUUGAUGAGAAUGAUGGCUUGUUGAUGCCAGACAAAGACGCAAAACCGCUUGGUAUGCAGGUUACGGCCAGAGCACCCCCCGUAGUCGCCGGAGACGAAGACGAAGGGGACAUCUUCGAGGGCGUAGGCGUCGAUUACAAUCCUCUGGGAGGCGUUGAGGGCGAUGACGAUUAUUCCAACGAUAGUGACGGGGAAGGCGAAGCAGCUUCUGUAGCUGGCCCUUCGAAACAGCCCCCCAAAGCGUCAGAAUCCGAGACAUCGUCCGCCAUGCCCCCACCCCCCAUGCCUCAGCAACAAUCUCCACUGCGGCGAAAACGGAAUUACUUUGGUGAUACUGAGGAAGAUAAAGAUGGAACGGAUGACCGAGGGCAGGAUCCGCUCGCUGACGCCACAAUCCUCGCUGCGCUGAAAAAAGCUUCUGCCAUACAUCCAUUUUCGACCUCGGAAUCGGGCAACGAAGACAAAAUCGCGCGACGCAAAAAAAUGCUGGAGUCCCACGAUCGUGAUGCUGAUGAUAUGGACAUGGAGUUUGGUAGUAGCCGUUUUGGGGAUGCCGAGGAUGGGGAAGAUAGGAGGGUGAAGCUGAGUGUAUGGGAUGGAGAUGGAGGCGAGGUUGAAGGAGGAGGCGAGGGCAAGGAAAGGAGAAAAAGGGGAGGCAAGAAAAGGAAGGGCGAUGUCAACAGCGCGGCGGACGUGCUGAAGGUGAUGGAGAGGAGGAAAGGAGAGAGCAAGUAG